GAACUAAUGGCUAAAUAAGAACUGUACAGCAUUUGACAUAUUCACUUGAGAAACAUUUAGGUGAUGUGUGCGACAUGAAAAAACUGAUCUUAGCAUAAAAAUCUUAUUGUACCUAUUUAAAUUGGGUAUUGAUGUUAGUAGGCGAAGUAACAUUUUUAUACUUUAGUAUUUAUGUUAAACUAACAUCUAGCUAGAGUCUUCCAAAUUUACUUAUGGGCACAGGAUCCUACAAUUAAAGACAUGGCUGAGCAAAUUUCCAAAAAUCCUGUAGUUUGUGAAAUGAUUGUAGACAUGGCUGAGCAAAUUGCCGAAGAUCCUGUAUAUAGUCAAAUGGUUGAGCAACAUCAAAAGAGUGUCCCUAGUACAGGACAAGAUAUUAUUCCCCCAUUGGAUCCUCAGCAGCUUAUUUCAACCGUGCAGCAACUCAGGGAAAAUCCUAAGCUUAUGAAAAUGUCUCAACACCUUAGAAAUGCUAUUAUGCAGGAUCCUGUUUUGUCUUCGAUGAUUGGUUCGAAAGAGCAGAUUGAGGAACAAAUUGCUCGCAUAAAGAAGAAUCGGGCCUUGAAGGGAGUUCUUGAAGAGAAAUAG